AUGACGCUCCCCGCGACUACCCUGCCGCCGUACCACCCCGACCAGCCCGAGCCGACGUUGCACGCCUGGGCGCUCGCCGACGUCCCCACAGCGGAAGAGGACACCAUCCCCGCCGCCGAGGUCCUCCCUGCGCCCGCUGCGACCGACGUCUUCCCGCGCAUCAUCCUCGGCUGCGCGCCGUUCGGGUACGGCAUCUACGCUGACAAGAGUGUGGUCGAGGGCGUUGAGCCCGUGCGCCUGGUGCGCGCUGCGCUGCGGGCGGGGGUUAAUGCGUUUGAUACGGCACCCUACUACCACCCGUCCGAGAUCGUGCUGGGCAACGCGCUGCACACGCUCGCGGCAGAGUUCCCCCGCGAGUCGUACACCCUCAUCACGAAGGUAUCCAAGUUUGGCCCGUCGAUCGAGAACCACGUGUUCGAGGCGGACGCGGUGCGGAAGAGCGUCGAGCGGAGCUUGAAGCGGCUCAGGACCGACUACCUGGAUGUUGUGUAUCUCCACGACGUCGAGUUCGCUGCGUCUGGCCCGUACCCCGUCCCCGCUGGCCUGCCGCUCGAGUUGCUCGCGUCCGGGGGCGACGGCCUCGCGCCGCCGUACACGUCCCUCGGGGCAGGCGACGACGCGAUCCUCGCGUCCCUCGCUGCGCUGCGCGAGCUGCAGGCCGAGGGCAAGAUCAAGCGUGUCGGAAUCGCGGGAUACACGCUGCCUGUGCUCCUCCGCCUCGCGCUCGUCGUCCUCCACACCACUGGCCGCCCGCUCGACCUCGUCCAGAGCUACUCGCACCAGACGCUGCAGAACUCGGCGCUCGGGGACGGAUACCUCGCCGCCCUGAACGACCAGGCCAAGGUCGAGCAGGUCGUCAACGCCGCGCCCCUGUCCAUGGGCCUGCUGACGCGCUCUGGCGGGCCUGACUGGCACCCCGCGCGCAAGGUGCCCAAGCUGCACCCUGCUGUCGGUGAGGCGGCCGACCUCGCCGCCGUGCGCGGAACGUCGAUCGAGGCGGUCGGCAUCGCGUUCGGAUACCAAGAGCUCCGGCAGGCCGACGGCAAGGUCGUGCCCGUCGUCAUUGGCUGCACCAACCUCCCCCAGCUGCACCAGGCGCUGCAGACCUUCCACCAGAUCAACUCGGGCGAGGUGGACGCCAAGCGCGACGCUGUCGCGGCGGAGAUCGUCGAGCUGUUCAAGCAGCGCGGGGUGCACAACUACUCGUGGCAGAGCCCGGGCCCGAACCAGUUUGAGAAGUAG